CCUCCGCCGCCGCCGCCGCCGCCUCCCCGGAGCCUGCGGGCGGCGCGGAGGCCGAGGAGCGCUCGCUGCAGCACAUGCUGCGCGCCAUAGCCGAGGAGCGCGGCCGCCUCAGCCUGCGCCGCGAGGUCUGCGGCCUCGGGUGCUUCAAGGAUGACCGCAUCGUCUUCUGGACUUGGAUGUUCUCUACCUACUUCAUGGAGAAGUGGGCUCCGCGGCAGGACGACAUGCUCUUCUACGUGCGCCGGAAGUUGGCGUACGUGGGCAGCGAGGGCGCCGUCGACGGGCGGAAGCUGGCUGAGGCCGAGCCCGAGGUGGAGGUGGAGGUUUACCGGCGGGACUCCAAGAAGCUGCCGGGCCUCGGAGACCCUGACAUCGACUGGGAGGAGAGCGUCUGCCUGAACCUCAUCCUGCAGAAGCUGGACUACAUGGUGACGUGCGCUGUGUGCACACGAGCUGAUGGGGGCGACAUCCACAUCCAUAAGAAGAAAUCCCAGCAAGUGUUCGCAUCCCCCAGUAAACAUCCCAUGGACAGCAAAGGGGAAGAAUCCAAGAUCAGCUACCCCAACAUCUUCUUCAUGAUCGACAGCUUUGAGGAGGUGUUCAGCGACAUGACCGUGGGCGAAGGAGAGAUGGUCUGUGUGGAGCUGGUGGCCAGUGACAAAACCAACACGUUCCAAGGGGUCAUCUUUCAGGGCUCCAUCCGCUACGAGGCGCUCAAGAAGGUGUACGACAACCGCGUGAGUGUGGCGGCCCGCAUGGCGCAGAAGAUGUCCUUUGGCUUCUACAAGUACAACAACAUGGAGUUUGUGCGCAUGAAGGGGCCACAGGGCAAGGGCCACGCUGAGAUGGCGGUCAGCCGUGUGUCCACCGGUGACACGUCCCCCUGCGGGACCGAAGAGGACUCCAGCCCGGCUUCGCCCAUGCACGAGCGGGUGACCUCCUUCAGCACUCCCCCAACGCCCGAGCGCAACCACCGGCCCGCCUUCUUCUCCCCGUCCCUCAGGAGGAAGGUGCCCCGGAGCCGCAUGGCGGAGAUGAAGAAGUCUCACUCGGCCAACGACAGCGAGGAGCUCUUCCGGGAGGAUGACGGGGGAGCCGACCUGCACAACGCCACCAACCUGCGGUCUCGGUCCCUGUCCGGCACGGGGCGCUCCCUGGUCGGGUCCUGGCUGAAGCUGAACAGAACAGACGGGAAUUUCCUUCUUUAUGCACAUUUAACCUAUGUCACUUUGCCGCUGCACCGGAUUUUAACAGACAUCCUGGAAGUACGGCAGAAGCCCAUCCUGAUGACCUAGCCGUGAGCGGAGCCCACGCGGAGCCUCCAGCCCUGCCCAGGCCUGGGGGCGCUGCCAAGUGCCUACCUGUCCACCGCCACUGGGGUCUUCCGGGACCACCCAGCGCCGCAGCCAGAGCCAGGCGGGACCACUCGACUCCCGGGGCCGGGGCCAGCUCCACCAACACCAGCCCAAACUGAAGUGCCUCGUUCUCCUCCCCGCUGGCUCUGCUCCUGCCCCUGCGCCCACCCACCCAGCACCCUCUGCCCAUCUCUGGAGAACCCUCUGCACCCAGAGAGGACCAGAGAUGCCAAGAGGCGUAAGAGAGAACAGAGGAGCAGCCAGCAUCCAGCAGAGUCCAGCCCUACGGACCCGAUGUACGCAUCCCGACAGACAGCAGGCAGAGACCACUGGCUGGGGGCACGCGGUGUGUCAGACUGUCAGCACUUAAGGAACAGCGGUUUCAGGUUUUGUGACACUGUACCGAUGACCUUCAGCGUCCAAGUUAGUCCCGAUCGUCUGUCCUCCCUCGUUUACUCCUGGUUGUAGAUGGGUUUCCGCGGGGAGCGGGGAACACGGCUGUCUGAUGGUGUUGCCCUGGGCUGGGAAUACCUCUCCCCGUGCCCGGCCCCAGACAGGCCCCCACCUGCCAGCAUGGCCUUUGCUUCCAGCCAAAGAGCAUCAUCACCAACACGCACCCCUCCAGCGCGGGGACAGCCUCCCUGUCCGCGCCUCAGCUGGCGUGGCCUGCACAGUUUGGAUUCUGAGGGCAGGAGGGAGGGCUUGGUAGCCGGACAGGAGAAGGGUGGGGUCCCUGCCAAAGGGCGAGGAGGGGUCUGCCUUCUCCCAGGAAGGUUCCAGGCAGAACCUCCGUCCCCUGGGGCCGGGGGAGGGGACAGGGUGUUUCAUCUUCCCUGGUUUCCUAGAGCUCAUUUCCUUUGACUGGGCGUGCUGGUCCCAUUUCUCAGACCAGUCACUGAGGCAAAGGGGAACUGGCUUCCACGUGGCUUGUCAGACCUCGUUCCAGCUUGAAGCGUUUCCACCUAUGGUGACACAUUGUGCUGUUCUCAAAACCACGAGCCUCCUCAAGAACAGAAGCGUUUCCCCUGCCCAUGGGAGUAAGCCGUCAGCUGGGUCUCUGCUGCUCUGUUUUGCUUGCGUCCUCAGGAGUGUUUGUUUGAAGGGUUCCUGGUGUACUAGGGUUAGAGAUCCUCUGGGGUAGAAGAGGGAGAGGAGGAGGGGCUUGUUUUCCCGUCCGUUUCCAUUCUGCGCGUUCUGAGGGUUUGCGCUGGGCUCCAGGAACCGGGGACUACUUUCGGGCUUCUCCAGAUUUUGUAUGCUGUUAUUAAAAGCGAGCUACUGCAUUUCAUUCUGCCUCAGUUUGCCCACCUGUAGAUGGGGCUGAUACCACCUACCUCACCGCAGUCUCCAGGGUUCCGGUGCACGACAGGGUCAGGGCGAGAUGGCCAGCUCUCCUGCAUAGCUCACCUCAGGUCAGGUGGCAGACCAUCGGGACGCUUACCCUACCCCACCCGCCGGUCACCCAGGCCAGGGAGGCGAGUGGUGGGGUCUGGGCGAACGUCCUUGCGUUCUCUGACAGCGCCUGGCUCAUGCUCGGCUGCAUCUCAGCUCCCCGCACAACUUCACGUUCCAAAACUGUGUCUUAGGGCAGCACAGAGUCAGGUCACGCCCCAAAGUGUUGGAGCAGAGCCUCAGGGAGCCGUGAGCCUGGCCCGGUGUCCCCAGAUGCCGGGUGAGGGUUCUCUGGGGAGCCCAACGCUGCCGCCACGUCUGUGUCCGAGGCGGCGGAAUUAUAGCUUUUCCUUCAGGCUCCUUUUCUUCCUGGUCUUCUGGGGUCUGAAGACUCUGGCUCAGUUCUUGGGAGAAAUGCAGCCCUAACGUAUCUGCCGUGGAAGGAUGAGGUAGUUCUGCACACGCACAGUGCAGCUACCCUCCCCGUUCUCAUCGGGGAGGAGCCCGAGAAGGGUCCUCCCACACCGGAGCCAGAGAUCGGCUCCUCCUCAAACGUAAGUCUGCCUCGAAGGGUAACUGAGGGCCAGUUGCAAGGAACGCGUGAACGUGCUUUGCAGAGCUUAGACAUGCGGGCCACGGUGGUAUUAGAGAUCACACCUCACUGGUAAAGCGCGUGAACGUAGGUAGCACCUAGCAUGUGCGGGCCUAGCGUGUGCGGGCCUAGCGUGUGCGGGACUAGCGUGUGCGGGACUAGCGUGUGCGGGCACCGUGCUAAACGUUUAGGUGCUGUCAUCACCCGCUUCUUACAGAUGAGGGAGCAGCCACACGCAGAGAGGUUGGGACAACAGGAGCCCAACCCAGGCGUCUGGCCCCAGUCGACACUGAGCCUCGACACCGUGCUGCCCCAGGACUGAUGCACGAACGUUCCGUGCAAUCGACCUUUCUCAGUCUUAAAUCCUCCAGAGGCUACUUCUGACACUGAAUUUAAAACAUGCUUAGAGGCACUUGGUAACUAGGCAGUAAGCUGUUACUCUGAGUUCUGCUUUUCUCAAAGUCACAAAUGACAUCAGUAGCAGAGUGACAAGUGAUGGGGCCAGAACCGGGGCCCCGACAUCCCGGGGCAUCCUGGUGUUGACACAUCGUACUUCCUGUAGGGCCAUCUUUCGUUUUCUGGGAACAUGCCUGUCUCUUGUAUAACGAGGGGACAGCCAAAGCACGUGAACAUCUCUUCAACGGGAAUUGGAAUUAAAGUGCAGUUUUCCUUUGAGGAAACCUGUAACCUCUGAGCUUUUUAGGACAUUAAUAAGAAAGUUAUCUUCGUUUUAGAGUCAGACCCGUGUCUUCUCUGUUUCCAUCUCCUUCAGCACCUGAAGGUUCAGGCAGUGUUUAGUCUCCAUUGCGAUGUCUGAUGGAAGGAACUUUCAGUUGUCUGUGAAAACGGCUGAGGCUUGUUAUUUCAAAAGAAGGAUAUUAUUUUUAAGUAACAGAGAAGUAGUCAAAGCGAAGAAAACGCAAAAUAUUCUAAAACCAGUCAACUUGGAGAUAGCGUGGGUUUUCUGGCGAGUCAGAGCCUUGCUAACGUUUGGGCUUUUCAAGGACUGUGAACAAAUCAUCGGAAAUCAAUUAGGUUUCUGUCAAUGAUAGUAACGACAGACAGGCAUGUUCCUGAUGUGAUUUUUUUUUUUUCAAAGACUCUAGCUAGAAUCGAACCAGGAUCUAUUUUUGCUGUUUUAAUCACAGAUAAACUAGUCAGUAGAGAUUUUUGAAGAAUGAUGUGAAAACUUUAUUUCUUAAAAGACAUUCAUCAGAGGCAGUCUCUAUGCAGUUGGUACAUUCUAAUGACUGACUUCUGAAAAACAUUCGACGUUAUCAUAAUGCGGGGGUUUUAAAUUGCUGGCCAAAAUUCUUCAAAGAUUUACCUAUAAAACUGUCAACUUUCUAAUGCGCCUUGGUGAUAGGUUUCACUCUGAUAAUUCUGUUCAGUUUUCCAACGUAGCUGGAAUUUAGUUACAAAAACCAAGUGUCUUUUGCCAGAACAUUGAUUAUUCCUGUUCAGGCUUUCUCUCUUCUGUGUAUGAGACAGCAGAAUUACUUCCCUUCCAAAAGAUAACCGCCCUAAUAGGACAGACUCCGACAGGGAUGUGAUGCUGGCCGACAUCGGGCCCUGGAGCUGGAGUGGAAGUAGCCUCUGGAGGCGUCAGCAGCCCUUCUGGCAGCGCUGCUCUCCGGCCAGGCGGCCAGAGUCCCACCCCGUCCCUCCGGGAGUCGGGUGAUGGGUGCACCGGGGCUUCUUCCCUUUGUUCCUGUUCACUGACGGACACGAUUCUCAGCGGAAAAGGACUCCUGCAGCCCUCCGUCUGAGCCCCGGGAACAGACAGCCCUGGAGAACUCCUCGGGACACCGCACAGAAGCCAAAUCACUUGAACACCGAGUGGCCUGGGGCUGGGUUCAGAGUCCACAGCGGGUAGAGCUUCAGAAGCAGAGGCAGCCGGCCGCGUGGAGGCGUUGGUGUUUGCAGUUUUCUACUCUUCCCAGGGCAGGCGGGCAUCUUCGCGGCUGCGGUUCCAGCCCUGAGCUCAGUAGAUGAAAACCAACAGCGACGCUCCAACUCUGCUGAGCGGCUGCCAGUGUCCAGUCUUUCGUCCCCCACUUGCUAGAAGGUUGGGCGAUUUAGGUGUAAAUAGCAAUCUUUUAUGGUCUCCAGACGAGUUGUGUGUGUGAGAAUAUGUAAACCUGUGAAGAAAACCUGUUGAGAUUUUUCACUACUUUGAGGCUUAACUAAAAUUUCUACAAAAUAUAUUUUAGCAGAAACACCAGGACGGCAUACACUGACUAUAUUAGGAUCUAACUGGCAGUGCUGUUUCCAUAAGCGCUGUCAACAGCUUCUGGGUUACCCAUCUUCCACGUACAACAGAAAUAAUUUCUAAGCAGUUGUUGGUGGUUGGCUGCUAGCUGUGCUUUAUGAUUUUGCAUUUCUUUUGAAAGUUGAUUUGUAUGUUGGGUAUUAUUUAUUUCUUCUCUGAUGAAUCUGUACCUAUUUUUUUCUCCAGUGGGUGUUUCAGAUUACAGGUAUUACAGCAGUGUGCUAAUUUACUGAUUGAACCUUUAUUUCCCCCCAGAGGUGUCUUAAACUUCUUUUGGAGCUUUCAUACAAGUUACUGCAUUGAAUGACAGAAGCGACCCCAUACCCUGGCUUUGGCAGGCCUGGGAGUCAGCAAGGGGCUCUGGAGGCCAGCAGCUGCAAUUUGGUCAGAUGCUGUUAUUUGCAAAAUGAAAUCGGAGAUGUGUUUCAGGGUCAGCUCUCUCAGCCCCUAUGAAGUCAGUUACACUAUAAAAUUCCCAAGCCUUUGCCAGAGAACCUCUGCAAAGGCCCUGAGACAAGUGGGAAAGUGACUAGAAUAAAAGGAGUCCCAAGUUCACGUUCUGGCAGGCUUCGCGUGAGCUACUGGUCUUCUGGAAGGUGGUUUUGGAGCGUGGCUGGCUGUUGCCUCCCAGCCCCGGUUCAUCAGGUUGACACUGAGAAUGCUCACAGCCCCUCAGGCUGACUCUGCCAGAGCCUCCUACUCCGGUUCCUGCAGGUGGAAGCACUGCUCAGGCAGCGGGCUUUUUCUUUCCGUGGUCAGGUGCACUCUUAUGUCAUAGGGUGAUGGGCACAAGUAAGGCCUAAGACACUGUAGAAGGUUAUAGAAAAUGACAACAAAAAGGGGGGCGGUCUGCGAGGAACACUUCCACAAAUCUAGAAAUAGAGUAAAGGUCACCACAGCACAUGACAUCUCUCAGAAACACCGGAGCCAGGAUUCUCUGAACUGGCGUCACCAAGGGCAGCCUGUACUUCAGAAGGCGUACAGACGGUACCUAGAAAGGAGGCAGUUUAGUGGGUAAAAAAGGUGACUUCCUUCUCGUUCAGAUCAACCCCCUUGUUAAUAAUUAGGAGGUCCUUUUAAGACAGUCACCUGAUUAGUAGACAUGUGGGGAGAAGGUCUGUACCCUGGAAGCUACCUGCAGUAACUGCAUUCCUGUUCACUGCCUACUCUUCAAGGCUAUGCUGCUGUUUGCUUUCUUUUAUUCUGACCUAGAUGCACUUUUAGGAACUACUGUCAUGCCCUGGCUUAGAAAAAAAAUGUUGACUGGAAGGGAAAACCUUUGGGAAUUUUAUUCUGGCAGAAGGGGUAAAUGUAAAAUAACUGAAUCCAGACAAUAACAUGGUUCACUGUAUAUAUACUUGUUGAAUGUGUAAACACGCUGUACUUUGUGCUCGAUUGUUAAAAUGACAGAACAGCUGGAAAAUUUAUAUGAGGAAGGAAAAAUAUUUGUUCUGGGGAUGAUCGAACAAAAGAUGUCUUUGCUUUUGCCCACAGCAACAUUAAAUUCCCUCCUGACUUGGCCUCCACGUAAGCCAACAGGCUUAUCAACAAGAUACUUCUUUCCUAUUUGUGGGUUAAGGGUCUUUCAUCGUGGAACCUGACUUUAAUAAAACAAUUAGACUGCUCA